UUAUUGACUAUAACUAGGUUGAAAUUUAACAGAAAAUCAAUGAAAUACCAAAAAAGUGAGGCUUUGAAACAGUUGGUGGAAUUCAAUAAGCCAUUAUCUAUAUCUAAUGUCCUCGAUUCGUGUAUGGAAUUUUUCAAGAUUUCUUAUUCAUUGAAAUCAGAGUGCAAAAUACUUGGUGGGCCCAAUGGACCAGAGUAUAAAGAAGACUGCCAUAUCCAAAGCAAAACUACAUUUUGUUUUUAUUCUCCGGAGGAUGGAAAUGAGGAAAGUUUGUCUGCAUUCAUGUUAGAUCACAGAUCAAGUAAUUCAGGUGAUUCCUGCUCUAUCGAUACUGGUAGUAUUCCACUUAGUUAUAGUGAGUAUACUAUCCGUAAUGACUCGGUGAUCCACGCUUUCUUAGUGAUACGAUGUAAAUACCCUGAUCCUAAGGCGACCACUUUCAGUUGCUACAAGGCUUAUGGGAUCACAGGCGUUGGGAUCCAAAGCAACCCCGUCGAUAUGUCUCUCCCUGUCCAUCCGAGUGCGGAGUGGGACACAGGGCACGCAAACGGCGUUGAUGGGCAGACGUUGGUCUGCUACGGAGGAGUUAGUGUUACAACAUUAUUGAACUUUGGGAGAAGUCAGAGAUGUGUCCCAUUGGAAUCUGGCCCAUUAGUUGCAGGGGAAAUCAGUAGUUUUAAAUACACUUCAUUAGGAGAGUGUGCAUGGGAUGCCAAAUCUUUUGAAAUUAAGUUCCGAAAAGGCAAUUUUAUCGGUAAAGGUGCUAUGAGAGCAGCUUAUCAUUGCUAUAUAGUCGAUUCAAAUCACCCUGAUAUUAACGAGGGAGGAUAUGUCAUGAAGACUCAUAUUCAAGAAGGAAUUGAUACUCUAUAUGAAGGGCAUUAUAAACAGAUAGGGAAAUCAAAGAUUGACCUGCAAUACAUGAUGUCUAAACGUGAAGUACAAACUCAAAUGUUGGGAAACAUGCUAUGCCGUGUUUUUGAGAAAGAAAAAUGUAUUGAAUUUGGAGAGUGUCCAAGAGUCUUGCCUUGUUAUAUUAUGAAGGUUGAAGGAGAACCUUACUACACUAUUGAAAAAUUCCUACCAGGAAAAUUCAAAAAAUACCUGAAUAAUAAUGGUGUAGCUGCCAAAGAUGGUGGUGUUAUCACAGACAAAAUGUGCUCAUUUGCACAUUGGUGCUACCAGAAGUAUAGUGGGCGAAUUUUAUUACUGGAUUUGCAAGGUGUUGAUUAUACUUUGACCGACGUUGCAAUUGCAACAUGGGAACUAUUUGACGAAGGCACACAUGAUAU